AACGCACUUACCUUACAGUUCACGCCAAACGCCUGCCCUCUCUCUCUCUCUCUCUCUCUCUCUCUCUCUCUACAUUGUCUUUCUCUGGUUGUGGUAAGGUUUUGAAUGAUGAGAGAGAAACAGAGCUAAAAAUCUUCUUCAGCUACCACUUCCCCCCCCCCCCCCCCCCCCCCAACCCCGCUCUCUCUCACUCUCUUCUAUUACUUAGCCAGUACUGCUUCCACGGCUCGUUCCAUCACCACCGAGGAAACGCUGCCUGCCGUUCCACGAGAUGAAGAAGAACAAGGAGCUGUUUCUCUUCUCUCUCGCGGUCGUCCUCGUGCUUCUCUUUCCCCUCGCUUCGCCGUUUAGCGAUGAAGGGAAAGCUUUGAUGGCAAUUAAGGCGUCGUUUAGCAACGUAGCAAAUGUGUUGCUGGACUGGAAUGAGGCUCACAACGAUGAUUUCUGCUCGUGGCGAGGGGUGAUUUGUGACAAUGUCAGCUUAUCUGUUGUUGCCCUGAAUUUAUCAAAUCUGAACUUGGGAGGGGAAAUCUCUCCAGCAAUUGGGGACCUCAAGAAUCUGCAAUCUAUAGAUUUUCAGGGCAACAACUUGACUGGUCAAAUUCCAGAUGAGAUAGGCAACUGUGCUGCUCUGAUAUUAUUGGACUUAUCCACUAAUUCAUUGUAUGGAGACAUACCAUUCUCAAUAUCUAAGCUUAAGCAGCUUGAGCUAUUGAAUUUGAAGAACAAUCAAUUGACUGGCCCUAUCCCCUCAACAUUGACGCAGAUUGCCAACCUGAAAACACUCGAUCUUGCUCGAAACCAGCUUACGGGAGAGAUACCAAGGUUAAUCUAUUGGAAUGAAGUUCUGCAGUAUCUAGGCUUACGCGGCAAUUCCUUAACUGGAACUUUGUCCCCAGAUAUGUGCCAAUUGACUGGCCUGUGGUACUUUGACGUUAGAGGCAAUAACUUAACUGGCACAAUCCCAGACACCAUUGGGAAUUGUACAAGCUUUGAAAUAUUAGAUAUCUCAUACAAUCAGAUUACUGGGGGGAUUCCGUACAAUAUCGGGUUUCUGCAAGUGGCUACUCUAUCUCUACAAGGUAAUAGGCUGACGGGGGAAAUUCCAGAGGUGAUAGGUCUGAUGCAAGCUCUAGCUGUUUUGGAUUUGAGUGAGAAUGAAUUGGUGGGGCCAAUACCACCAAUUCUUGGGAAUUUAUCUUACACUGGGAAACUGUAUCUUCAUGGCAACAAGCUAACAGGAUCAAUCCCACCAGAGCUUGGCAAUAUGUCCAAGCUCAGCUAUUUGCAGUUAAAUGACAAUGAAUUGGUUGGUGGAAUCCCUGCUGAACUUGGGAAACUUGAGCAGCUCUUCGAAUUGAACCUUGCCAACAAUAACCUGGAAGGACCCAUCCCCCACAACAUCAGCUCCUGCACUGCAUUGAAUCAAUUUAAUGUCUAUGGGAAUCGCUUAAGUGGGUCAAUUCCUCUGAGUUUCCGGAAUCUGGAAAGUCUGACAUCUCUGAAUCUAUCAUCAAAUAAUUUCAAAGGAGUCGUACCUGUUGAGUUGGGGCAUAUUAUCAAUCUGGACACAUUGGAUCUAUCUAGCAAUGAGUUCUCGGGACCUGUUCCUGCUGCAGUUGGUGAUCUGGAGCACCUCUUAACACUGAACUUAAGUCAUAAUCAUCUUGAUGGGCAACUACCUGCGGAGUUUGGUAAUCUCAGAAGCAUACAAAUUAUUGAUUUGUCAUCAAACACACUGUCUGGUCACAUCCCUCAUGAGUUGGGUCAAUUGCAGAACAUUGUCUCUCUUAUAUUGAACAAUAACAAUCUCCGUGGAGAAAUUCCGGAUCAGCUAGCUAAUUGUUUCAGUCUUUCCACUCUGAAUGUUUCCUACAACAACUUAUCUGGGACUGUUCCUCCUAUUGGAAACUUUUCACGGUUUUCACCUUCUAGCUUCAUGGGAAAUCCGUUACUAUGUGGGGACUGGUUGGGAUCAAUAUGUGAUCCUUGUGCAUCGACAUCGAAAGCACUAGUCUCCAAGACUGCAGUAGUUUGUAUAACUCUGGGCUUUGUCACACUGAUAGCCAUGGUAAUAGUGGCUGUGUACAAAUCGAAACAACCUGAUCCAUUCUCUCAGGAGUGCCAGAAGAGCAUGCAAGGUAUGCAUACUUCCGAGUUUCUUCUUUUUAAAUGGUCAACGCCUAUAAUACAAUUUGGGAUUUUUUUCUGGUCAGGUCCUCCGAAGCUAGUUAUUCUCCACAUGGAUAUGGCUAUUCAUACCUAUGAUGAUAUCAUGAGAAUCACAGAGAAUUUAAGCGAGAAAUACAUCAUAGGAUAUGGCGCUUCCAGCACGGUGUACAAGUGUGUAUUGAAGAAUUCCCGACCAGUAGCAGUUAAGCGAUUAUACUCUCAACAUACCCACAACAUGAGAGAGUUUGAGACUGAACUAGAGACAAUUGGCAGCAUCAGGCACAGAAACAUUGUCAGCUUGCAUGGCUAUGCUUUGUCGCCUUUUGGGAACCUCCUCUUCUAUGACUACAUGGAGAAUGGCUCUCUCUGGGAUCUCCUUCAUGGGCCAGCCAAGGUAAAACUUGAUUGGGACACGCGUUUAAAGAUUGCAGUUGGAGCUGCCCAGGGGCUUGCUUACCUUCACCAUGAUUGCAACCCUAGAAUCAUUCACCGUGAUGUUAAGUCCUCAAAUAUCCUGCUAGAUGAGAACUUUGAGGCUCAUCUCUCUGAUUUUGGGAUUGCGAAAUCUAUUCCAACUGCAAAAACUCAUGCCUCAACUUAUGUUAUGGGUACCAUUGGUUACAUUGAUCCUGAGUACGCCCGGACCUCUCGGCUGAACGAGAAAUCAGAUGUUUAUAGCUUCGGUGUCGUCCUCUUGGAGCUACUGACUGGCAAAAAGGCUGUUGACAAUGAUUCUAACUUGCAUCAGCUGAUUAUGGCCAAGGCAGAUGAUAACACAGUGAUGGAGGCAGUUGAUCCCGAGGUCUCUGUUACAUGCAUGGACUUAUCCCAUGUCCGGAAAACCUUCCAACUUGCUUUACUGUGUACGAAGCGCCAACCGUCUGAGCGACCAACGAUGCAUGAAGUUGCUAGGGUCUUGGUCUCCUUGCUUCCUGCUCCUCUAGCAAAGCCAUGUGGGGCCCCUCCGAAAACUGUUAACUACGCGCAGUUUGUGGUUGAUAAGAGACAAGCCCAAAUGAAUACGCAGCAGCUCCAAGUCCAGACCGACAACAAUUCCUCUGAUGCCCAGUGGUUGGUUAGAUUUCGGGAAGUUAUUUCAAAAAACACUCUUUGAUAGUUAAAUUUACUGCAUUUUGAGUCCAUAGAAGCAAAGGGAAAUGGGUGAUUAAAUGGACAUCAAAUCCGAAUUUAUGGUCCAGCCGGGGGUUUCUUUUGCAAUUGGAAAAAAAGUAGAAGUGGAUUCGACAAGCAAGUUUUGAGAUACUUUAGAUGAAGCUUAGAUUCUAAGUUGGAAAGAAAGUUAAAUCUGUAUUUUAAGUACUUAAUAUUUACUUUAAUCAACUCUGUUGCAGUAUUCUAAAGGAGAAAUAUCGAGAUGCUCAUCUUUUUUGUAAA